ACAGGGUGGAUAGCUUACCCUUGACUGCAAACAUUGAAACAGUACCUGACAACCAUACGCCGAGUGAGGGCGUUGAUGUCAGCUUUCCUGGUGCCGAUGCUGGACAGAGACUUCCAACUCCGGCAAUCCAUGUAAACGAAGCUUUGUCACAGUCCGCGCUGUCCAUGGCGCUUACAAGCUUCACUGAUGCUCCUACAGAGCCAGCAAGGUACUCCACUUUGUCUUGGCCAAUUGGAGAGAGUAUGAAAGCCAAGUUGCUCUCUGCAUAUUUACGCGAAACUGCAACAUGGUGUGAAACCACGGAUACCUUACGGCAUUUUUCAUACAGAUCAUCUCCACUCAUUACCAGUUCGGAGCCUUUCCUCGCAGCUGCAUUGGCCUUGGCCUCAAGACAGCUUGAUCUGACUACUGAUCAUCCUUACUCCAUCAGCCUAGAGCUGUAUCAAUACAGUGUGCACAAACUCAUCGAGCGCGUGGCUGAAACUUUGGAUGCCUCGUUACUUAUGAGCUGCGUCAUGCUCUGCGUAUACGAGAUGAUCGAUUCACCGGUCGGUGAAUGGCGGCGCCAUCUACACGGCUGUGCGCAGCUGUUCACCUCACGAGGAUGGAAUGGAUCAUCUGGCGGAAUGGUUACUGCCUGCUUUUGGCCCUUUGCUCGCAUAGAUAUAUGGGCUGCGUUUCUUACCCAACAGCAGACAUUAAUCCCUAGUGAUCUGUGGAUCCGUCCCGACUAUCCUACUGAAGAGACGAUACCGCUCGUUGACCGUUAUGCAAACCUCGCUAUAGUCUUAUUUUCCCGGAUAGUCAAUGCGUUGGCAUUCUCAAGAGCCAAUCUGGACUCAGACGAACAAUCAACCUCUCAGAAGAACCAUCAGAUCCUAAUUCUGUGGCAAGAUCUUCAAGAGUGGUACUUAAAUAGGCCUGCGGAGGCAAAGCCACUGAUAUAUACUGCCGGGAGCGGUGGAAACGUAUUUCCUAUCAGCGUCUUUGGCACUCCUUCGGCUAUCUGCGGAAACACUUUCUUUCACACGGGAUCGAUAUUACUUCUCGAAAAGCUUUCCUCACUAUCAGUUUCUAAUACCGAAACUGGCGAUUCUCAAGACAUCAUUUGGCACGCAAAACAGAUUGCAGCUAUAGUGUCAUCAACGGAAGACCACGCAAACUGGGUAAACAGUGUACAGCCACUGUUCAUUGCCGGUAGAUAUUUUAAAGACCCAUUUGAGCAAGUCACGGUUUUGAAGCUUCUUGUCAACAUCGAGCGAAGUACGGGUUGGAAAACCUCCAGCAGACGCCGUGAGCUUAGGGAGAUCUGGGGAUUUGAGUAGAUACCUCU